UUUUUUUUUUUAUUUUUCAGAGAGAUUGAAACCUUCACAGAUGAAGAGCUUGGAAUGAAAUUACAAGCCACUCUCCAGCUCGCUCUUCAGUCGAGCGAUUUCAAUGCGAUUAAAAGCAUCGUCGAAAACGACAGCUUUGACGUCAACUGGCGUGACGUCACACACGACCUCCAGAGCGUGGUGAUGAAAUUAUGCUACGUCAACCUCAGUGACGUAGAAAUCAUUCAACUAUACGACGCCAUUUUCGAAAAGGACCCGGAUUUAAAUCUACAAGAUUCCCACGGCCGCACGGCGCUGAUGCACGCGUGCAUUGCCGGAAAAGAGGAAUUAUCGGAAUACCUGAUCAGUGACCCCACCACGAGAAUUGAAGUGUUCGAUUUUGACGGGAACUCUGUGUUGUCGCAUGCUGUAAAAGUGCAGCAUCUUCGGACGGUCAGGAGACUAUUAGACCACCCUAACGGGCACCUGCUAGUAGAGGUCUAUAACAGUAUUGGCCAGAGACCAAUUGACAUCGCAAACAAACAAGAAAAGAGAGAAAUUUAUACUCUACUACAGUCCCAUCAAACGGAGCGCCAACCACAGACGAGGAAAACCGUACUUCCGCCCGCAUUCUCACCUCAGAACGAGGCUGCACUCAGACUGGCAACCAGAAAUAACUCUGUGAUGGACAAUGAUAAAUGUACACCAAGAUCAACGUAUAUUGAUGACGAAACUCCUCAUCUUUACCUGACGUCACCGAAACUGAGAAGAAAGAAACACAGAAGAUCCAAUAACAAUUUGCAAAUGGAAACGUCACUUCCUGCCAUUAACUCAAAUACAAGUAGUGUCAAACAUUCGACACCAAGGCAAGAUGACAAAGCAAAACUAAAAAAAGGAAAACAAAGAGAAAGGAAGAAUUCUAUUUCUCUUCCGGAUCUUCGUGACUCCCCGGGGGGUUUAGUAACUUCCGGUGGAAAUACCCCGAGCGAAAAUUACGACUACUCAUCAGAUUCAGACUUUAGUGAUGACGCAAUUGUUGACCUCUCCUACGGGUCACCGAGAAAAUCAGUAGAGCGUGUCGUGAAACGAAGUGCAUCAGAAAAGCAUAUUGGAUUUCCGAGCAUUGCUAAAGGAAAAGAUGCCGCGAAUGUGAAGCGGACUCUAACAGAAGGCAGUGUGUACAGUAACAGCGACGGCAAGUUAAACCGGCUAAAACUGCUUCAGAAAAGUAUGUUAAGUUAAACCGGCUAAAACUGCUUCAGAAAAGUAUGUUAAGUUAAACCGGCUAAAACUGCUUCAGAAAAGUAUGUUAAGUUAAACCGGCUAAAACUGCUUCAGGGGAGUUGAACCGGCUAAAACUGCUUCAGAGGAGUAUGUUGAGUUAACUGUUUAGAAUUUUCCUUACUUCUUGGAAUGCGUUUAUUUGAAUUCUAAGUAGAUGUGAUCUAUUUGAGUUUCUUAGUAUGCGUUUAAUGAACAUGAGUUCAUAAAAAUAAAGUAGAGUUCACGCCCUUCAUUGUGUAUGGAAGUUAGGAUUUUGUGAAAGCUGCAAAUUGAAAACAGGUCAGUGCUCAGUUUUGAGGGGCGUUUUCAGUUGA